CCCACGCGCCUGCGUCGUCAGCAUCAUUACACCGUACUCUUUCUUUCUCUCUCUCUCUUUCUUUCUUUUCUUUCUCUCUCCAUUGUCCCCCUUUAUAUAUAAGCCUCACGAGAUCUCUUCGCCACCACAACCCGCCGUGUCAACUCUCGUUGAAACACCACCGAUUAAACGUGUCUCUUAAAUCUAAUUCCCAAAACGCUACCGUUUUGGCCUUUCUUUCUAAGUAUGGGUGAUAGCGAUUCCGGUUGCAAGAAGCGUGUCCGAGAUGACUCGGACGAUUCGGUUCUUGAAUCGCCGGAGACUAAGCGACUCAGGGACGAUUUACUCGAGUUCUUCGACGACGCCGACGAUGCGCCUUCCACACAGGAUCUUGACUCCGUCAUGAAGAGUCUGCAGGAGGAGAUCUCUGGCGUGACGUCAGGUUCCGGCGAGUCUCAGGCGCAGAUCGGUUACCUCCUGGAGGCUUCCGACGACGAGCUAGGGCUUCCUCCUGCCGGAAGCUCGUCGGUGCCGGAGAAUAAAAACGAGGAGAAUGAGUUGAUCCGAGUGGCGUCUGACUCGUCCGGAAUCGGCGAGUUGUGGGAGUUUGAGGACCAUAUUUCAAGAUACGAUUCGUUUGAUUUGGGAAUGGGAUUCGGUUACGAGUGCGAUACUGCCACCGAAUACGCUGCGUUUGAGAAACUUUUCGAUCACUCGGAUGUGUAUUAUGAUUCCACCGAAUUUUGUGAUACAUGGCGGCAUGAGACGUUGCCCACACAAUAGAUAUUUAAUUAAAAGGAAAAAAGAAAAAAAGAAAAAGGUAUUAGAGAUGUACAUAUUUUUCACUGUUUUUUGUUCCCUUUUUUCGUGAUGAAGGGAAUUACAGAAGAAGUUUAGGAUAACAGAUGCAAAGGAAAUUGCUUAGUUAUAUUUCUAAUACUUUAUGAAGGAAGUGUUUCUGACUGGGAACCAUAUGGACACAAUUCAGAGUAAAGUGUU